UAGGUAUGUGUAUUUAAACAACACUAGCCGACCAUGAACCGACUGUUUACGGCAAUGAACUUAGAUGCCAAUCUCUAUAUCACAAAACGUCAACUGUCACUGUCAAAGACGUCUGAAGAAGAUGCUAACCUCAAUCUACGUUAUUGACGUUUCAGUUUGAAGUAUUUUGAAUAAUUUAAAAAAAUAGAUGUAAGCAAAUGAACAUCCGCGAAAAUGUCUUACAAUAGUAGUGUAAACAUAUCUGUUGAGGCACCCAUAGAAAACCAAAUACAAGAAAUCACGUACGAUGGCACAGAAAUCUACCAACCCCCUCUGACCUUAUCAGAGAGCCUCGCUAAAUAUGCUCAGAAAAUAGACUUCAGCAAAACAACAGAGGUAGACAUAAAGAAAGAGGAAGCUGAAGAGGCUAAAAGCGAUGCAGACAAUAAAGAUGCAUUGCAAUCAUCUUUAUGGCCGUGGGAUUCCGCUAGAAACAAAUUAAGAAGCGCUCUACAAGAGGUUUGUGUAUUAGCAGAUGUUCUUGCUAUAGCCAAGGAUAAAAGGUAUUUGAUCCUAGAUUCUGUGCAACAAGAACCUUUAGAAACCAAACCUAUGGUACAGAUAUAUGCAAGAAAGAAAGCAUUACAAGGUGCUGCAAAUGUUCUUCUGACUGGUGCGGAAAAAUUAAAGACAUCUCAAAAUGAGGCAGCUAGAAAUCGGGCUACACUAGAUUUCCAUAUAGAGCUAUUGAGGUUAAGGCAAAACUGGAGGUUGAAGAAAGUAUCCAAUACAAUAAUUGGUGAUCUUAGUUAUAGAACUGCUGGUUCUAAGUAUUUACAAACAGGUACAUUUGAAGUGACCAAAGCUGAAGAUGAGGAAAAACCUGGUAGUCCUCCUACUAGUCCUUUGCCAGCUGGAUCAGCUCCAAGUAAGCCAGCUAGUGCUUUGAGAGUAUCGAUCCCAUCAGAGCUACAAGGUGUAGCUUACAUUGAGGUGCUAUGUCAAAAAGAUCAAGAAGACUUGUGCAGUGCAAAUAUAAACCUCUUAGGAUCUGGACCUCCUCCAUCAAACCCUGAUAUGCAUUGGCAGCAGAAGCUUGAAGCAGCACAAAAUGUGCUGUUUUGUAAAGAACUGUUUAACCAACUUGCUAAAGAAGCAGUACAAUUGCAAGCACCCGUACCACACAUGGUGGUUGGCAACCAGAUUAUGGCCACAGUAUUACCUGGAAUCCAGCUGAUCAUAGGAUUGUGUCAUUCAACAACUGGUGACAAGAAGCAACCAAAUCCUCCGCCGGCAAAAAGCGAGCAUGAUCAUGUGUUGGAACAUUCCCUUCAUCAACUUUUGCGGGAAGUGCACCAUAGAAAUACUCACCAUCCAUUUCCACAUCCAGCAACUGGCCCUUUGGGACCAUCUAAAAAGCGAAUGAUGGCUGGUCCUAUGGCAGCAGAUAGAUAUGAGCUGUUGGAGAUGACAAAAAGUGAAACUCUUUUAGAACAAAUAGUGAAACAAGCUCAGCAUUUUAUAAUGAGAAUGAGAACCGAAUAUGUACUGGAUACUAUAGCAAAAGAAGUGAAAGAUCCAUUGAUCAGUUCUCACUGGAAUACCUUGAAUAGCCCAACACAGUCUUGUGUGAAAAUCAACAUUUCAACACAUGGAUAUGAUGCUCUGUGUCGCACGCCGCUUGUGAUACAUGUAGGAGAAAAAAGUCUGAAAUGUAUCUGCCGGGACGGUAAAGUUAUGAACAUGAGCUAUGAACCACAGGAACUCAGGGAUCUCAUAUUCUGCCAUAUAAACCAACAUCAAAUACUAGCUGUUCAGGCUCUUGCAAAAACCAUGGGCUGGCAGGCAUUAGGAAAUUCUAAUCAUCUAGGAACUGGUUCUGUUGAGCCCCUGGGAAACGCUAGCUCCUGCCUUCUGUCAUCUCCAACAGGAGACAGAAUUAUUGCUGUCAGAUGUGAACCUCAAGCAGGAACACAGGUUUCAGUAGCUCACACUCCAAGGACGGACUUUUUCCCUAGCCGGUUGGUAACAGAGAAGAAAUGGGAACAUUUAGGUGGUCAAUUCAGAGAUGUGAGGUUAGAGAAGAUGGAGGGUAGGAAUUUCCUCCAUAAAAUGGAACUCCUCAUGGCGAGCUUAACUAGUAAUUCUUAAAUAAAUUAUUUAUUUAGGCAUCUAAGACAUGUAUUAUACGUCAAAUGUGCAUUAUUAUUUAUGCAAGUAUCGGUUUCAUUUUCUAAUGAAAUAUGCAACAGGAAUGUAAGUUGUAGACAGUGAAUAAUCACGAAUCACGUUGGUUUAACUUUAUUGAAAAUAUUCCUAUGAUUCCUGUUCCUGACAAGUAAGAGCCAAUACCUUUGAAAUUAGUUUUAUGAGACUAUGUAAACAAAUUUUACCUGAAUCGUUCAAAUGUAGAGGUUUGUUCCGCGAUUUUAGCAAAUUACAGUAAAACUAUCAGAAUCAUUUAAUAUCUCCAUCUUCCUCACACAUAUACAAGCCGCGUGGGAAAAAGAUUCAACAUCCGUUCAGCACAAGAUUUCCAUAAUAUGUAAUCACUUUCCUUUAAAUCAUAAACUGAUUGGAUUUUAUAAGGAUCAAAACCCAUUUUUUUCUUCAUUAUGCCAUGCUGUGUUGACCUAGGGAUUCC